UCAAAUUAAUAUUUGAAAGAACAUGUUUAAGUUUAAUAAUAAUAAUAACAAACUUCCUCCAGUAGGCUAUAGGACCACCUACAGCAGAAGGCGGUACAUUAAGUGAAACCUUUGCAGAAACUUUCUCAUUGUUUCCAAAGACCUCAGAAGCUCAACACGUGAACACAUUGAAUUGCUUUUUAAAAUGGCAAUCAGCAAAUUCUACUUUCUUCUGUUUUCUAUAUGCAAUGUGGCUGUGGCCGUCUCAGAGAACUCUGGGUCAUGCUAUAAGAUUGAACCUGGGACAGUAGCAGGCAUCAUCUGUGUGGACAUCGUACUGACCCUUUUAAUAGUUAUGGUAACCUACCACUGUGCCCGAAAUCAGCUGCAAAGGAGUUAUAAGGCUGAGAAAGUUUACAUGAAUGUCCCGGCGAAAUGCAAGGCCUAAACUGAUCACAAACAUAACUUUUACUGUAGUUUUAUAACAUUUUCUCUUAUGUCCUCAUUUUAAAUGUUUAUGUUGUAUUAUGAUAUGGAUUGCUUAAUUACAACAUAUUCUGUGUCAUCUGUGAAUACAAAUUUAAUAAAUAAAAAAA